AUGAGUCAUACCGUCAAUACUAUGAUGGUCUUACCAAUCAAAGGGAAGAUGCCUCGAAUGGACCCUUAUCAACGUCUGAUCAAUCGCUUCUUUGAGCCAUUGAUACUGCAGUAUAGCCUCGGAAAAACCCAGGGAGAUUAUAUACCAGGAACCCAGGAAAAAGGGACCACGAAUGCAAGACGUAGGAGACUUCUUGAAAACAUAUGCUAUAUAUGCGACUACAACAAAGGUGGCGACACAACCACGUCCAUCGGCUUGGAAGAGCGUCAUGAUUGUUUCAAUUUCUGGGUCGCGUCUAACAUCGGAUCCACCGGCAUGGUGGAUUUCAUCGCAGAUGUGCUGAAUGAUACGCAAGUCAUUUUGACCACAGAUCAGAGACUCAGAUCCAUACGAGAGCAGCGACUUAUCCAGAAAUGCAUCAAUUUCGCUAGGAAACGCGUCAAAAAAGAGGCUAAUCUGCUGUCGAAGGUUGUUGAGAAGUGCAAGGAUCACCUACGUGAGGAGUCAGGUAUACUCAAGAUAGACGGCGUGCUUUUGCAUUGGCUUUCCACAUUCGAUACCCAGGACAGCAUCGCCUUGUGUGAGAGGGCAUACGAGGUCAGAAAAGGGCUAGAGAUGAAGGAGCUCGUAAUUAGGAGCCAAGUGGGUGAGGAUGAGCCAGCCAACAGCGAUAGAGCUCCGACGUUUGCACUCGUUAGACACAUGCUAGGACGACUAGCUCACCAUGUGCGUGCACCAAGGCAGAUCGUCGAUGAUGCUUCUCAUCUAAACGAGUUGCUUCAGAACUACGUCAUCCGCCGAGUGGAUAUACCUCCAUGUAUCCCACCCCCUAAAGCGGACGGUCUAACAACUUUGCCUUCCAUUCUCAAACGAAUGCUACCAGCUAACGACUCUACCCUGCCAAAUUAUGAGGCUGCUUUGCUCAAUCUAGACAGGAAAUUACAGAUUGGCCAAAGAGUACUGGAACAGUACCAAUUGCCAUCCUUCAAACCUAGAGUGCAUUCCGAGAUACAAGUCCUGGAACACUUUUACAAGGGUGGGCUGGCUUUUGCCGGUAAUGACUGCUUCAUUGCUAGUAGUAAACCAGCAUGCUAUUGUUGCCAUCUUUAUAUCCGAAGCCAUCCCCUCAAUUUAGUUGAGCCAGCGAGUCACAAGAACCUCUACUUAAAUUGGGGUGUGCCACUUCUUCCUGGCGGCGUGAGAGAUCCAGAUUUUAAAGACCAGCAAAAGAUAAUUAUCAAGAUGCUUGAGACAAUACGUAGAGAGGCACUCGAUCGGAUUAUGCGACAAACCGGGGGACCCAAAGGACAUCCUGACUCUUUGACGGGGAUUACUCCCUCCAUGUCUGUAAUUUCAGCAGCGCAGGCUGCCAGAUUGACAUCAUUGGAAAGCCAACUUUCGGGCUUGACCAUAGACUCUAACGGUGUUUCUUCUGUUAAUGGUCGCAAUGGAUCCGAAGAUUCGGAUUUUGAGGGGUCCGUUGGGGCGUCCUCAGACUCUUCCGAUAAUAAAUAUGAUCACAAGGUAUCUCAGUUGGGUGAUAGCGACAGCGACGACGAUUGUGCUUCAAUUGGUGGCGGUGCUAGACUGCAUCAACGCCUCUCUACAGACUCGUUGUGUAAGGUGCAAUCUCUACGUCGGAUGUUAUGA